CCAAAUUGCAUUCAGUUGAAGUAACUCCCUUUACUACUCCCUUCCAAGUUACUUCUUUCAGUUUCAUCUAAUCCACCUCUACAUACAUCACAAUUAUAUAUACACACAAACAAAUACUACCCAUUUGCACACAUUUGCAAAGCUUCAAGAUGGCAAAUUACAGAGAUCCAGAGAGCAGAGGAAGGCACAAGAGAGGUAGCAGCUCUUCUGGGGAGACUCAGUGGACUUCUUGGUUGGUUCCUUUGAUUGUGGUGGCAAAUGUAGCUAUGUUCAUUGUGAUUAUGUAUCAGAAUGAUUGUCCCAAGAAGAAUUCUGGGGCCAGAGGUGAUUGUGUGGCCAAGUUUCUCAAAAGAUUUUCUUUUCAGCCUCUUAAGGAGAAUCCUCUUUUUGGGCCCUCUUCUUCUGCACUGGAAAAACUAGGAGCUUUAGAGUGGAACAAAGUAGUGCACGGGAAUCAAGGAUGGAGACUUUUCACUUGUGUUUGGCUGCAUGCCGGUGUAAUUCAUCUACUGGCGAAUAUGCUAAGCUUGGUGUUUAUAGGGAUUCGUCUAGAACAGCAAUUUGGAUUUGUUCGAGUUGGGGCUAUAUACUUGUUAUCCGGAUUUGGCGGAAGCAUACUCUCUGCCCUUUUUAUUCAGCGCAACAUAUCUGUUGGCGCUUCUGGUGCUCUUUUUGGACUUCUUGGAGCAAUGCUAUCAGAACUCUUAACUAACUGGACUAUUUAUGCUAAUAAGGCAGCAGCUCUGAUAACUCUUGUGGUCAUCAUUCUGAUAAACUUAGCGGUUGGAAUUCUUCCCCAUGUUGACAACUUUGCACACAUUGGAGGCUUCUUGUCAGGGUUUUUUCUUGGUUUUGUGUUUCUUAUCCGUCCCCAAUUUGGUUGGCUGGAGCGCCAGCAUCUUCCCGUCGAUGCUCGACUAACGUCCAAGCACACAGUGUAUCAAUACAUAUUUCUGGUGGUUUCCCUGAUUCUGCUUAUUGUAGGGUUUACUAUCGGACUAGUCAUGCUCUUCCGCGGAGAGAACGGAAACGACCAUUGCAGCUGGUGUCAUAACUUAAGCUGUCUGCGUACUUCAAGAUGGAAGUGCGACUAACCUGAGUUUUUUUAGCACCUACACCAUUUACUUACUGUCCCCUCUAAUUCUGUUUCUUUUCUCUCUUAUAUUUUCUUGCUUAAUGUUGUUAAUAUAGUUUUCAUAUUUUGCCUUUGGCUUUUGUACAUUUUUAUAUUUUAUUAUUGAAUUUUUAUGAGAAUUGAAUGCUGACAAAGUUGGUUUUUGUGGAUGACAGGCCUGAUUCCUAAUGUCCUCCAGGCCUUUAUGUUAUUGUUUGUUAUAUUUUUCGUGAA